CGUCGUUGGACGAUAGUAGGAUGGCACAGCAGCAGCAGCAGCAGCAGCAGCAGCAGCAGCAGCAGCAGGAGGAGGAGGAGCAGGAGCUGGAACUGCUGCAGCAGCAUCAAGAGCAGCUCACUCGCUUCCAUCAUCAUUUGCCCUUCCGCAGGAUCUCCCUGGAGCAAGAUGACUCAAAGGGAACCAGCGGCUACGGGAUAGGUGGUGGAACCCUUAACCCUGGUAGCAGUGGUGGAGAUGUAGAAAUGCAAGAGCCUGCAAAAGAGGACUUCAGGCCUGCAUACAAUGCUGGUGCUACUGACCAGCCUACUUCUGAGCACCUUUCUCAUCCUCACCCCUCAGCCAACCUGUUGCUCCUGAGAGAAAAGAGACGCUCUUCACUUGCUGCCUGGGGCCUUGCCUCUUCAUCUUCUCGCAUCCAGAGCGCAGCCUGUCACAGCUUCGAGAAUCAUAUCAAUGCGGUCCCCUUGAUGGAGCAGUUGGGAGUUAACAGAGUAGGUUUGGAGGUUGGGGGACAUGGGAUUGAUGCAGGAGAGUUGUAUACAGGGGAAUUUGAGCAGGAAGCAUCGCCUAAUCCUGGUGCUGGAACCUACACCAUUGAUGCGCUCGAGAGAGGAGGGGCAGAGGAGGAGGAGGAGGAGGAGGAGGAGGAGGAGGAGGAGGAGGAGGAGGAGGAGGAGGAGGAGGAGGAGGAGGAGGAGGAGGAGGAGGAGGAGGACUUGACACUGAGGAGCAACGACUGGCAGAACGAGCACAGUAGAGAUGGAAGUGAGUCGUCAUGGCUGUUGAAGGUCAUCAGAGCAGUCAGGCCCAUCAGAGCCACCAGGGCGUUUACCCAGACGCACCAGAAUGGCGCGCAGCCGCAACUACAACCAGCCAGGGCAGUACCGGGGAGUGAGGAAGCGCGGGGAAUUUCGUUACGUGCAGAGAUUAAAGACACCAAGGCUGGGUUCCGCAGGUGGCUGGGUACGUUUCCUUCCGCGGAGGAGGCCGCCCGCGCGUUUGACGAAGCUGCUUUGAGUAUCCGAGGAUCAAAGGCAAAGCUUAACUUCCCGAGGCAUAUUCAGAGAAGGGGAGGGGUAGUAGGUUCUGAUUCUGUAGAGAUUUUAGGAGCAACGGCUGGGAUGGAAGCAGCAGGAAGGGAUUCAGGGGUGGAUGGUGGAGGAAUAGGUAUGGGAGGGCAAACACAUCAUGGGCUGGUGCAAUUGUGGGACUGGGAGGAGGAGGAGGAGGAGGAGGAGGAGGAGGAGGAGGAGGAGGAGGAGGAGGAGGAGGAGGAGGAGGAAGAGGAGGAGGAGGAGGAGGAAGAGGAGGAGGAGGAGGAGGAGGAGGAGGAGGAGGAGGAGGAGGAGGAGGAGGAGGAGGAGGAGGAGGAGGGGAAGGAGGAGGAAGAGGAGGAGGAGGAGGAGGAGGAGGAGGAGGAGGAAGAGGAGGAGGAGGAAGAGGAGGAGGAGGAGGAGGAGGAGGAGGAGGAGGGGAAGGAGGAGGAAGAGGAGGAGGAAGAGGAGGAGGGGUAG